AAUUAUUUGAAAGAGGUUCCCUUUCGUCAUUAACUUGCUACUCUUUAAUCUGCUAGCAUUUCUUCUUCAACAUGGAGGACCUCCCACCCUACCCCCCAAUUGAUCCUACCACCUUCGACCUCAUCGUCAUAGGCACCGGCCUACCAGAAUCCAUUAUAGCUGCCGCCACCUCUACCGCCUCUAAAUCCGUCCUCCAUCUCGAUCCUAAUCCCUUCUAUGGCUCCCACUUCUCCUCUCUCCCUCUCGCCGAUCUCCAGGCCUUCCUCUCCUCCCAUCCGACCUCACCCUCUUCUGGCUACCAUCACGAUUUCUCCGUCUUCGAUUUCGCCACUCGUCCUCUCUACUCCUCCCUCGACAUCUCCAGUUUUUCCCCUGACCUCCUCCAUCAACACUCUAGAAAGUUCAACCUCGAUGUGGCUGGACCUAGAGUCUUCUUUUGCGCCGACAAAUCUAUUGACUUGAUACUAAAAUCUGGAGCCAACCAGUACAUGGAGUUCAAGAGUAUUGACGCCACUUUCGUAGGGGACGACAAGGGAAACCUCUGGAGUGUGCCAGACUCCAGAGCUGCCAUAUUCAAAGACAAGAGCCUGGGACUCUUGGAGAAGAAUCAGUUAAUGAGGUUCUUCAAGCUGGUGCAGGGACACUUGGCUGGCGAACAAGGCAUCCAGAUUUUCGAAGAGGAUUUGCAGAGUCCGUUUGUUGACUUCUUGAAUAAAAUGGGAUUGCCUCCCAAGAUUAAAUCCUUUAUACUUUAUGCAAUAGCGAUGGCGGAUUAUGAUCAAGAAGAUAUUGGAGUUUGUAGAGAUUUGCUCACGACAAAAGAUGGGAUCGAUCAAUUGGCUCUGUAUAAUGCAUCUAUUGGCAGGUUUCCAAAUGCACUUGGGGCUUUGUUAUAUCCUGUCUAUGGGCAAGGGGAACUAUCCCAAGCCUUUUGCCGUCGUGCUGCUGUCAAAGGUUGCCUUUAUGUAUUGCGUAUGUCAGUUACUGCAUUGCUUGUAGACAAGGAUACUGGGUGUUAUAAGGGUGUUAGAUUAGCUUCAGGUCAGGAUAUAUUCAGCCAGAAACUGAUCCUUGAUCCAUCCUUUAUGGUACCAUUGCCAGCAGGCUCAUCCCUACCACAUCCACUUCAAGAUAAGCUUCCAGUUUUCAGUCUUAGGGAUGAUAGAGGAAAGGUAGCAAGGGGAAUAUGCAUCACAAAAACUUCUUUGAAACCCAAUAUAUCAAACUUUUUGGUUGUAUAUCCUCCAAGAUCAUUGUUUCCUGAGCAGGUUACUUCAAUCAGACUUCUGCAGAUAGGUAGCAAUUUGUCUGUUUGCCCACCAGACAUGUUUGUGUUAUAUAUUUCAGCAUUAUGUAAGGACGACGAUCAAGGAAAGAAGUUACUUCAUGCAGUCAUGAAUACCCUUCUUACAGUACCUGUUUCUAUAAAUUCUGAAAGUAAUGCUGCAGUUCAAAGUGAGACUGCAGAAAGUGGUUGUGCAGUUCUAGAUGAGACUGCAGAAAGUAGUUUUAGAGGUCGAAGUGACCCUGGAGAAGGAAAACCUACUCUACUUUGGAGUGCAUCGUAUAUUCAGGAGCUUACUUUGGGUCAAGUUGAUUUUAUCUGUUCAACUCCCAUGCCAGAUGGAAAAUUGAACUACAAUGAUCUCAUAGAUGUGACUUGUAAGUUAUUUCGGGAGAUGUACCCCGAGGAAGAAUUCUUUCCAGAAACAUCCUCGGAGAAUUCUGAGGGUGAUGGUGAUGUUGCUCUGGAGACAUAGAGAUUUGCUGAAUGCAAUAUUCUCUAUACUUAAUGGAGCAUCAAACAAUCAGAAUCCUUUUCGAAGAUUGUGCUCAAGUGAUGGGAGGAUGCUGCUAUCUAAUGAUCUAUUUAAAGUGGUGAAGAGAAAGGGAGAACUACAUACAAUUCCAAAACAUGGUGAGGAAACCUAACAAAUUUUCAGUCUUUUGCGGAUAAUUAGACAACUGUAGGCUUGGUUUCCCUUGUAUAAACUUGUGUUGUAUCCAUCUCUUGCUAGUUUUGUAUUUGGCCGGAUCUCUUGCUAGUUUGAUAGUUCUGAUGUAACGGUAAAAAAAAAAAACAUUUUUUAUCUGUUCCCAAAGUAUGAAAAACAGUUGCAGUGGCAGUUAUGAAGAGUAUUUGGUCGUUGCAUUA